AAAAAAAUCUAAAACCUCUCCUAUAAAAAGCCUGCGAGAGCAGAAAGUUGCAAAAACAAAAAAAGGAGUAUAUUAAAAAGUAUUAUAAAAAAAAUUAAAAAAAAAAAAAAAAGGCAAAAUGGGAAGCACUGCCUUCUCAGACACCGUAGCCAAGAGGUUAGAAGGCAAGGUAGCAUUGAUCACCGGCGGUUCGAGCGGCAUAGGUGAGAGCACGGCAAGGUUGUUUGUCCAACAAGGCGCCAAGGUUGUCAUUGCUGACAUCCAAGACGACCUUGGACGCUCCCUCUGCGAAAGCAUUUCCUCUGACAAUUCCAUUUCCUACAUCCACUGCGACGUCACCAAAGAAACAGACGUCCAAAAUGCCGUCGACUUCGCCGUCCAAAAGCACGGCAAGCUCGAUAUUCUCUUCAGCAACGCCGGCGUCACCGGCAACUUAGAGCCGAGCAUCUUGGGCAUCGAUCACGAAGACUUAAAGAGACUCUUCGACGUCAAUGUGUUCGGCGCUUUUCUUUGUGCUAAAUACGCCGCCAAAGUAAUGAUUCCGGCCCGAAGAGGAAGCAUCCUCUUCACGGCGAGCUCGGCGGCGGUGAGUCAUGGUGAUGUCUCGCACGGUUACGCUUCUUCGAAGCAUGCGGUGGUGGGACUGACGAAGAACCUUUGUGUGGAGCUGGGAAUGUAUGGGAUUAGAGUCAACUGUCUCUCUCCUUUCGGCGUGCCCACCCCUAUGCUGAGGAAAGCCAUGGGGGAUAUCGACAAGGAGGCCGUGGAGGAGGUGGUUUCCAAGGCCGCCAACUUAAAGAUGGUGACACUGGAGACGGAGGAUGUGGCCGAGGCGGCCGUGUUCUUGGGGAGCGACGAAUCCAAAUACGUGAGCGGCAUGAACUUGGUUAUAGACGGAGGUUACAGCACCACCAAUUCGGGUUUCAAGGACGUAGUGAAUAAAAAGUCUGGUUGAGAGAUACUUGGAGACUUUUGAAAGUGUUGACCAGUUCUCACUGGUUUGUUUGUUGAUCAAUAUAUAUAUAUAUAUGGUUUUUAGUAUUAAAAAAGUGUUUGGCUUGGUUUAUAAUAAUGUGAGCAUCAGUGUUUGGCUCGGUUUACAGUGUGAGCAUCAGGCAUCAUGCUGUGUUGUCUAAUAAAUGCUUUCAGCAAUAUAUUGUUUGAAAGUUAGAUGCUAUAUAUAUAUAGAUAUUGUUACUACAUAAUAUAGAAUUGUAUUGGUUGUAUUAAGCGGAGUUAUUUAUGUGUAGGAGGGUCUGUUUAAGGACUUAUAAGUGUUGAUUGUGGUCAUCAUGGAUCUAAAAGCUUGUAAUAAUCUUCUGCUUAUUAAACAAUUAUGCUCUUCGAUUAUUAAAAAAUAUUAGAAAUUAACGCCAAAUUUAAAUAUGUUA